AUGGCGAGAGCGGGAACCCGCUGGGCCCCGCCCCUCCAGGGGCAGUCGCCCCUCCCCUCCACGCGGAUUGGCUGCAGUGGGGUAGCGGAGGGCGGGAGUUUUUCACGCUCUGCGCGCGGCUCCGAGCCUCAGCCAAUGACAGCUGGACUUGUCCGUCCCCGCCCACCCGCUGUAGCUUCGUCCCCUGGAGCUGUCGCGCACCGACGCGGUCGUCCGGCAAGGCGCGGGCCGGCCGCGCAUGCGCCCGGCAGUUUCACCCCUUCAUCCCCAUCUGUCAUCUCACGGCUGGAGCUGCUGCACUGGGGACCGCCACCGGCGCCGCCCUUUCCUCUCGUUCCCCUCCGUCUCCCGGAGGGAAGAGCCGUUCGGCCUUGUCCGCAAGGGCUCCGGCUGCCGCCUGGCGGCCGCGCCCACGCCCCUAUGGAGGAGCCGCUGGCGCUGCACCCCGUGAAACUCUACGUGUACGACCUGUCCAAGGGCAUGGCCCGGCGCCUCAGCCCCCUCAUGCUGGGGAAACAGCUGGAUGGCAUCUGGCACACCUCCAUAAUAGUCCAUAAAGAUGAAUUCUUCUAUGGCAGUGGAGGAAUCUCCAGCUGUGCACCUGGAGGGACACUUCUUGGCCCUCCAGACACAGUUGUUGAUCUGGGGAACACUGAAGUCACUGAAGAAAUUUUUCUGGAAUACCUUUCCUCUUUGGGGGAAUCUGUGUUCCGAGGAGAGUCUUAUAACCUCUUUGAACACAACUGCAACACAUUCAGUAAUGAAGUGGCACAGUUUCUGACAGGAAAGAAAAUCCCUUCCUACAUCACUGACCUUCCAUCUGAAGUUCUUGCCACACCUUUUGGACAAGCUUUAAGGCCCCUCCUGGACUCCAUCCAGAUCCAGCCACCCGGAGGAAAUACCUUCAGCAGACAUAAUGGACAGAGCUAACAGGAGUGACCCAGUGUGCCCAGCUUCAGCAGGCCUCUUCCUUUUUAAACACAAAUCUACCAGAUUUCUAUUUUAUAAUUUCUCAUGAGAAUUAACUCUAAAGAAGUUACAAGACAAGUUUUAAAAUUUCCUGGGGAGAGAAUUUAUCAGGGUGCAUGUGAGACAAUGCUACCAAAAAUACUGUCAUAAUUUCUAAUAAUAUUAUACUAAUUUAUAAAGGCUGUCUUGUCCGAGUAGGCUGACACUUUCUACAUAACUCCUGUUAGUGGAGUUAACACUAACUGGUAAGUGCUUUUAAGUGGAAAUUCAUUCCACGAGCAUUCAACAGCCCAUUACACAACUUGAAGUAAAUAAGGGGAUGUCCUGGCCAUCCCUUGCAGACUUGCAUCUCUUUGUCUUGUCAGUGCCUCUGUUAUUAUGGGGGUAUUUACUGAAGUCUAUCAAGAAAAGCAGAGCAAGUAUUGGUAGCCUAGGAAGUGAAGGUGUCCCAGGGUUAGUCUGCAUAUUUCACUGACAUUUGCUCAGGGGAAGAGCUGAACUCAUCUGAUCAGAAUAUUUGCAGUGGCACAGGUGUAUGGGGGAGGUGAUGAAGCUGAACCAUGUGUCAGUAUCACACUCAGAAGCUGAAAUUCAGUGGGACUUGCUGUGGUGGGAGGGAACCUAGAGCUGAAGGUUACCAAGAGCCUUGUAAUGUCAGAUCUGAGAGUAAUGGGAAAGAACAGAAUCUCAUGAGCAGAAGUGGUAGAGACAAACUUCAGGUGAAAGUAGAAUGAAGUGAAAUGUUUCAUUUUCUCACACGUGAGCUUAUCAGCAUAUAGACAGAAUCUUGUUAAUGCUAAGAACUAUGUUUUCUUGGCUUGUUUUGUUUUGGUUUUUUUUUCCUUGCAAAGCCAGAGUUAUGGUACAGUAAGGCAGGAGUAGCAUGGCAACUGCAUGAUAAUACCAGUUGGACUAAUUCUGCCUUCAGUAUCCAGUUGUAGACACUGUAGGAAAUCCAGCUUUCAUUAAUAGUGCUGCCCUUUCCCAAGCAGUCAAGCACAUCAGGGCUCUCUUUAAGAGAAGUAAGUGCUAGGUCUCCCCAAGUGUAAAGAAAAUGAGGAAGAGUAAAAUUAAGCAUUUCUCUGGAACAACUGAGUUUCUUGGGGUACAUGCAGAAGCAGUUCUGUCCUUAGAUUAACCUUUGAUUAUACCAAUACUGCAUCUUCUAGUUUAAGAUUUUUAGAGCUUUGCAAUUACUUGCAGUGGAGAAGAACAAGGGCAGUGAAAAAAUAGGCACGUUUUCUUUUCAUGCAUGUAUAUACACUACUUUCACAACCAAAUUUGAAUUUUGUAGCAGUUAAAUUUAGAAAGGAAUAUAAGAAAGACAUCAGACAAACCCUAGAACACUGCUGAUGCUCUGUAAAUUGGGAUUGCACAUCCCAGAUGCUGCCAAAAAAGCAUCUAUGCAAAUGUACAGCCAUUUGUCCAGCUUUGUUGUGAAAAGUAUUGCUGCACGUUCAGUCCUGCAUCUUGAACUUCCUGCACUGGAAACUUCUUACAUACCUAAAGGAGGUGUCUUUCCUCUGCUGGGUUCUUUCUCCCAGAAUAAUUCAGAUUGAUAAAUUUCUCACAGUUACUCUUUGUGGACUAUAACGGUUUGUAUUUUUGAGGGGUUGGAAUAGAGGAAAGCUGCAAUUUUGUCACUGUCAAAUGCUUUGUUGUCCUGCACCUUGUGGAGCCAGUGCACAGAUGGGAAUAGGGUAUUGUCAGGCCAUUCUGCUGUUUCAUGUUUACCUGCUCUCAGUGCACCGUAGUAGCCCCUGCAGCCCAGAUGCUUCUUAUCCUUGUCAUUCUUGGCUUGUGCCAUCAAUUUCUCCUUAAGCAUUUCAUUUGAUAGACUGGGCUCGGAGAUAACUGUAGCAAUUGCUACAGAUGGCUUUAUACAAAAGCUUUCAAUAUAUCCCCCUCCAAAUGUCCUGUUUGCAGAAAAUGUUCUAUGAAAGUCAGUUAUGAAUACCUUUUGAUGCUCCUGGAAGAAGGAUUGGUGUUUGGUUUUGCUAAGCCAUAGCUUAGUUUUCCUGUCUAGUAUAUGCGUUAUCUUCAGUCUUUUCCCAUACAUGUUUGUGAAGAGUAACCAGUCUUCUAUCUUAAUACACACAUGGCUGUGCCACAAAAUGCUGUAGAUCAUGUAAGAGAUCUUGGAGCUUCCUCAGUUGAGCAGGUACACUCAAGAUGACACAGUGCAGCCCAAGAUCCUGGUAUGCUCCUUUGGUACCUUCAAGGAGCACAGCUGUGCUUGCUUGCCUUUCAGCAAACUAUCAUUUCAGACAGCUGCCUGUGAUGGAAGCACUUGGUGCCAUGGUUUCUGCCCCACACACUUACACAAUGAGGAUAUGCCUUGUAUGUCCACCACUUUGGAUGUCCUGAGCCUAGUUCCUGCUUGGCCACCUACUUCAGUACUUUUUGCAUCCUUUCGGGGCAGGAAAGAAAAGGAAGAUGUUCACCCUGUGCAUUUUGCAAUCUGCCUUUUCCCCUCCUGAGCAGCCUCUUUGCAGAGAUAAUUUUUUUACUUUAAGGUCACGGGGUAAAAUUUUUUUACUCAGCCAUGUAUUGUUUGCAAUGAUCGAAAAGCUCCUGAGCUUGGGACCUACUCUUUGUGUUUCAAGGCAAAAGAACUGUAAGAGGGAAUCCUCUUUGCUUGGUCUUACUGGGUAAGUAAGAACCCCCUGUAGUCUAUAGGACUCUUAGGAAACCUGUUUUCUCCAAAGAUGGUUAUGUGUAAAUUGUAGGACUGUGCCCUCAAUGUGCCACCCAGCUGAAAACAAACUAGACUGAGAAGUGUAUGUAAAUGUAUAUAGAUGAUGAACUUCAGCCAGCUGAUGGACAAAGGGGCAGGAAAACUGGACUCCUGAAAGGGAACAGAACCCUUCUGCCCACACUUACUAGUCUGUAUUGUAUUGCUGAGGUUCUCCCCUGCCAUUUUAAAAAUGUUAAUAAUGUCUUUAGGCAGAAAGUGAUGUUUUGAUUUACUUGUGGGGUUUUUUUUUUCUAUUACAAUAAAAAGGAAUACAAUACAUUUUUCUGAUUGAAUGCAUGUGCCCACACAGCUGCCAAGCCAAUGCAUCUGACCAGAAGUCAUUAUCUUCACUCUGGUCCCACCUGGGAAGUGCAGCAUGAGAAAUUGUCCAAGCAGUUUGUGCCCGGUGCUGCUACUGGAAGUAGUGGUGGCACCUGCUCUUCGCUCAAACCGGUCAAAGGCAAUGCUCUUACUUAAGUUUGGGAAAUUAUUUCUUCUGUAAGUACCACAGUAUUUAAAACCAUACUCAUGAGUCUUGAUACAGCUUGGAUAAGGUGAAUGAAGACGUUCUGUCAGCACAAAUUUUGUUCAGCCCUUGGUCAUCUAAGACUGCAGGCUUGAAGUGUCUAAUGUAUGCUGUUGAAGAAGAGACCCUAACAGGGAAAAAGUAUUUUCCUGACUGCCUUGAUGCUACUUUCAAAAGGGAAAAAAAAAAAAAAAAAGGAAAAAAGUAGAGUAAGAAGUAGACUUCAUGACUGGAUUCCUCUGGAGCAUCAGAGGCGAGAUUGGGGAGGAUUAUGUAGCACUGCCUGAAAUAUCUGGCUCUGGGGAAGAAAUUCAUUCUGCUUGCUUCAGCCUCCUGCAUGCUUAUUGAUGGCAUCCAAAUUAUAAACCACACAGUGUGCUCUUUGUGUAACAGUCCGUAUCAGCACAGUACAGAAGAGGUACCAGAAGGGGUUUGUAACAGAGAUGUGUGAUUGUGGUUAGUUUGGCUGUGUUCUUCAGAUGUGGUGCUGGUUUGCUACCAAGUACUAGUACUGGCCCCACAUAAAUUAGCUGGAAUCAGGUAUUUUAAUUUUUUUUCUAAUACUUUUUAAAAAUUACAUUUUAAAAACUAAAAGGAAAGCCUUGACCUUAAUGCCAGCUCUAGACAGAGUGUAAGCAAGUGCUCACAACCACUUGCCUUCUAAACUUCAAACAAAAUUUCCUGGCCUUUCCUGCUGGUGGGGGGGAUUUUAUUCCUGACAAUAGCUGCUGCCUAUCCAAGUGGCAGUCAAGCAAAUGUAUCAGGAGUGGUUGGACUGCAUAUUAUUAAAUAACUUGAACAGCCACAGUGGCCCUAUUCUCAGAGCUAACCCACCUGAGGGAGCAGCCACAGCUGUGGACAGCUGUGCACUUCAGCACAAGGCAGGUUUAUGCUCCCAGGGAAACCAAGUUGUCCCAGGUCCUCGCCAGUUGAUAUCAAAUGGCCAUCAGGCUGCUUCCUGGGAGAGGCAUUUUGAUGUGAAGAGACCCUAAAGCAGCACGACAAGCGAGGAAGCACAGCGGGUAGUUCAGGUUUCAGGGAGUUCGCCGCCGUAGCAUUAAUCUGGUAGUACUGCGGGAAUGAAAGUGUGAACGCUGUCCCGUGUUUUGGCAGACCUCCCAGCUCUGGAAAGUGCCCCAAGGUGGCACUGCUUCCUUGCAGCACAGAGAUGCAUCUGAGCCAGGGGAGAGCAGCUCCUGAUUUUAGGCUACCCAUAGUCAUGCCAGUGCAAGAGGCACAAGGGAGGUCUCUCCCAGACAAGAAAGCUGCAGGUAGGAGCAGCCAGGAGACAAAACCAUGGAGCAGCUUGGGCUACAGCAAAUCCAGUGCUGCUACCAUAGGUGUUCUAACUCCACUUCCACCCAGACACGGGCAGUGUCCUCCUUGUACCAUGUCACGGUUUAUGAAAAAUAAAGGUUUGCAUUUCUGAAGCCCUGGGAGGUCUGUCUGACCACACAGCUGGCCUUUGAGAGUCCUGGGCGUCAGCUCACGGCUCUGUUGUGUGGAAGAGCAGUUCCUUGGCUUCUGGCACUCAAUCACCCAAAUCCAGGAAGGCUCUAGGUUCAAAUCCAGAACCUCUGCUCACCUGUCAGCAUGCCAUAAUAGGCACACUUGGAAGGAUUCAUACUCUGGAGUAAGUAUCCACACAUGAACAUGAUAAAUGUGUAACCACACCUUGACAAGUCCUAUAAAUGAACAUAACCCUAAACUCAAAAUUCAGCACCCAACUGCAUACAAAGUAGCUGGGUGCCAUGAAACCAUUCUGGGAGCUUCUGUGCAUUUGAGGAAAGAGUCCACCUUUCCAGAGGCAGGAGCCCAUAACCAGGGUCUGAUCCGGAAGGCCACAGAUUCUGCAGAAAUAUAAAUGCUGGGAUGAGUAACACAUGUAAUACUCAUUCCAGACUUCCUGACUCGCUGUGUUGUGGAGGCAACUCACAGAAGCAGUAUGGAAAGAGCUGUCCUGGUGGACUCAAUGAAUGUUUCUCCCAGAAAAGAGCUGAGGAUAUUUUGGUAAACUUUGUCCAAGGCUAUGGCACUGAGGUAGAUUAUUAACAUUGUUUCUGUACGUACCCCUGCCACAGUGGGAGCAAGAAAAUCAUAAACCACAAACAAGAACAAAACAGAAUCUGUGAAGCCACCUGAAUGCUUCCUUCUGAGAGGAAUCUGGUGGAGAACUGGGAAAAGGGGUUGCAUGAUAUCCUGGAGCAAAUUAUCCUGAGGCAAAACCCAAUUAGACCGUAAAAGAAGAAUAAAUCUCUUCCCAGUUCCAGCCUAGCUCAGCACACUGAGCAGUGUUGGGGGAGAGAAUGCGAGCUAACUGUUGAGCAGAAAGCAUGGGAUGUUCCACAUAGGUUG